CCCUGGCCUUUGGGUGCCUCCGCCGGCUGCACACGGUGUACCAGAGCGCCGAGCUGCCAGAAACACACCAGAUGCUGCGUCAGACGUGCCGGGACUUCGCCGAAAAGGAGCUGAUGCCUGUGGCAGCUCAGCUGGACAAGGAGCACCGCUUCCCGGCCGAGCAGGUGAAGAAGAUGGGUGGCUUAGGGCUGCUGGCUAUGGAUGUGCCGGAGGAGUACAAAGGAGCAGGCCUCGACUACCUGGCCUAUUCCAUUGCCGUGGAGGAGAUCAGCAGGGGCUGCGCGUCCACGGGCGUCAUCGUCAGUGUCAAUAACUCUCUGUAUUUAGGGCCAAUACUCAAAUUUGGCUCUGAAGAACAGAAGCACAAGUGGAUCGCUCCCUUCACCAGCGGGGAUAAAAUUGGCUGCUUUGCCCUUAGUGAACCAGGAAAUGGCAGCGACGCGGGUGCGGCAUCCACAGUGGCACGGCUGGAUGGUGACGAGUGGGUUCUGAAUGGCACCAAGGCCUGGAUCACCAACGCCUGGGACGCCUCGGCCAGCGUGGUGUUUGCUACUACAGAUAAAUCCCUGAGGCACAAGGGCAUUAGCGCGUUCCUGGUUCCCAUGCCAACUGCUGGGCUGUCACUGGGGAAGAAGGAAGACAAGCUGGGCAUCCGAGCCUCUUCUACUGCCAACCUGAUAUUUGAGGACUGUCGGAUACCCAAGGCCAACCUACUGGGGCAGCUGGGAAUGGGCUUCACAAUCGCCAUGCAAACGCUGGAUGCAGGAAGGAUUGGUAUCGCCUCACAGGCUCUUGGAAUAGCACAGGCAGCGCUGGACUGUGCCGUGGAUUAUGCUGAAAAGAGAAUGGCCUUUGGGUCGCCCAUCACAAAGCUACAGGCAGUGCAGUUCAAGCUCGCGGAUAUGGCUGUGGCCUUGGAGGGGGCACGCUUGCUGACCUGGAGAGCUGCUAUGCUGAAGGACAAUGGGAAGCCCUUCACAAAGGAAGCUGCGAUGGCCAAGCUGGCUGCAUCAGAAGCUGCAACAGCCAUUGCUCAUCAGGCCAUCCAGAUCUUGGGCGGGAUGGGCUACGUGACAGAGAUGCCAGCAGAACGCCAUUACCGUGACGCUCGUAUCACCGAGAUCUAUGAGGGGACCAGUGAGAUCCAGAGACUGGUGAUAGCAGGUCAAGUGCUGAAGGCCUACCGUAGCUGAAGCCAACUAGUGCAAGACACUGCCCCAAAGUGCCUUGUAACUG